UCUUCUCCGACUCUUCGGAUUUUUUCUGUGGGAAACAACCCACAGUUGGUGGUGCGAGUUCGGGGCCAUGUCAUCCAAAGAGCGAAGCGGAGUUGCCGGGGGGGCGGAAUUGCCCAGCUAUUUGAAGAUCGUCAAGCAGCUGGGCCGUGGUGCAUAUGGUACCGUGUACCUUUGCGAAGACAAGAAAUCUGGGGAGCAGGUGGCAGUGAAGCACGUGAAACAAGCGGCACGCCAAGGGAAGAGCAUGCUGCGCGAGAUUCGGCUCCUGGCGCGGCUGCGCCACGAGAAUCUGCUCUUUCUCUUGGACUUUCCAGCAGUGUCAUCCCCGAACUUUGAGGACAUCUACCUGGUUCUGCCGUACUUGGCCUCCGAUCUUCACAAGAUCAUCCAAUCGCAGCAGGCCUUGACUGAGAAGCACGUGCAGGUGAUCUUGGUGCAGAUCUUGCGCGCCAUGGAGUACCUUCACGCCAGUGGGGUUGCCCACCGGGACCUGAAACCGGCCAACAUCUUGCUGUCCUCGGAUUGUAAACUGAAAGUCUGCGACUUUGGACUGGCGCGUGGCGGCCUGGGCAUGGACGGCGAUGAGCCAGAGGAGGCAUGUGGAGUCUUGACGGAAUAUGUGGUCACGCGCUGGUACCGGGCCCCGGAGGUAAUGUUGCUCCCCAAGCAGUAUUCAACAGCCGUGGACAUUUGGUCCGUUGGUUGCAUCCUUGGAGAAAUUCUUGGCAGAAAGGCCAUGUUUCCCGGCAAGAAUCACAUUGACAUGGUCUGCAUGGUGUCUAAAGUCUUGGGCAAUCCUGCGGACACCGAUCUGAAUUGGCUUCCCAAGGACACAGAUGCGUACCGGUUCCUGCGCAAGGUUUGUCCUCAAGGUUCUGGCGUGAACUUGGCAACGAUGUAUCCGCGCGCUUCUUCGUCCUGCUUAGACCUGCUGAAGGCUUUGUUGCGCUGGAGCCCCCAAGAGCGCAUCACGGCAUCCGAAGCUCAAAAACAUGAGUAUGUGAAACACUACUACCCCCGUGAGCCUCCUCAGCCCCCAGAGCCCUUUGACUGGACCUUUGAUGGCUUCAAACCAACGGCGAAGACAGUUCAGGCGAAGUUGUACGAAGAGUGCGUCAGGUACCAUCCCGAGAUCCGUGCGCGCGAUGGCUUGUCACCGCGCGGAGCUGCCGCUGCAGGCUACCCGAAAGCUGCUGAUACUCAGGUUCGCUCAGAUCGAUCCCCGAGGAAUUCUCAGCGAGACGCAACUCCAACCAGGGCAGCGGCAGCACCCAGAUCCAUCACACCAGUGCGGGGUGCGCUCAAUGGUUUGGCUCGGGCGGCGAUGCGUUUCCGCUCCACCACCCCGCCGCCCAAUUCCACACCCCGCGGCUCGGUGCGCAGCCAGGCGCAGCCAGUGAAAGCAUGAAGCCAAAGCCAAGGCACUGAGGCGGCAGUUUUUCCGCUGCGGAAUGCGUAGCUUGCGUAGCUUAGCUUGCUCCUUGGCACUCCAUAGGAGUGCGACCUGUCUUAUGCCAGUGUGAGACUUUGUGCCAAGCACAUGCGACAGGUGCGACGCUGUGUGACUUGGGCGGGCUCCUCCUCCUUAAUGCAUUGGCUUAAGGAACCAGGAGCAGCCUCUUGCCUUUCGGAGGUAUCUGCCCAGGCAGUAGGGCAAAGAAACAAAGCUUUGCACUUUACAGUAUCAGAUUUUGUCGAACAUCAC